CCAGACGCAUCACGGAUGCGUCUGCUUCCGGCACUGGCGAUGCUGGUUCUUCUGUGCGGCAAUGCGCUCCAAGUGUGUGCCAAUAAUUCGAUGGAAAGCCGCUCCAGUAACCCAUCGCAGCACUGCACCGAUCUUAACCCCCAGAAUGGCCUAGACGUCGAGCAAAUAAUGGGCAUCUGGUACGGCAACGAGGUGAUCACGCACGAUGGUCGGGACGAAGGCGAAAUGGUGUACCGGACGUGCGUCGUCAUUCAUCUGGCGGACGUGACCAACUCGACACCGUUGGCCCACGAGCAGCAGCAAGGCUCUACGCCGUACUUCAGCCGCUCCGGUUCCGCAUCGCCCGGUUCCUCCAACUACGACACCCGGUUUGCUACGUCGUACGGCUACGGGAGCAGCGGUGGACGGAGCAACAGUGGCAGUGGCUACAACAGCGGUUCCGGCGGCUACUAUGACCAAGCCUACCAAAACCGCCACUUGCAGCCCCAGAGCAUGCGCUACCUGCGGCUAAUUUGGGACGAAUCGGAUCACACGCUGGAAUACACACUGCGGUACAACAGUACGCGGCCCGGCUUCUGGAUCACCUCAUCGCCUCAGUCCGGGUCCAUGAUCCAGCUACAGUACGUCCAAUUUACGGGCACCGUGCAGGUUCUGAAGGCGAUCAACAACCAACUGGUGCUGACCUUCUGCCAGAGUCUGCCGGGCGGCCAGCUGUUCACGAUCGUCCUUUCACGCGUCCCGAUGGGACUGGCACCGGAAGAAAUUCAAAGCAUCCGCAAUCUGCUGCGACGGCGCAGCCUUCCGUCCAGCUCGGUCCGUAUGGUCUGCCAAAACGGUGCCUUCCGGGGUGAUGUUUCGCUUGGCGUGCUGCUACUGCUGGCCAUCCUGUCGUCGGUGGUUAAGAUGUUCCACUAAACCCUAACGCGUCGGAAGCCGCGUGUGUGUGUGUUCAUUUGUGCUCAUUCAGUUUUCAUCCCUCAACUUGAUGUCGGUGCCAUGUCGUGCGAUGCGCAGGUUUGAUGCGCGAAGCCACUACGGGGGGUCACUACUUUUCAGCCUUACUUUAAUGUGCCUCGUGUCUUGUGCGCUGGUGGUGGGAGCCGCCACCAGCCGAUGUUGUAAAACCGAUUUUUCUUGUGCAUCGUUGGUAGAUGGUAGAUUGCCGUGUGCUGAGCGUGUUCCUCCGUUUACGUUAUUCGACGCGAUUUGCUUUAUUUCGCCUCCCCAGAGGGCUGUUUGGAAUAUUGUGUCGGAAAUAAAGUAAUAGAAUUUCGGUUUAAA